AUGAAAUUUGUUCUGAUCAUUGCGCUACUCAGCGUUGCGUCGGCGCACCCUGGUGUAAGGCGUCGCCGCGAGGCGUACCUGCUGCCUGAUGGCGCGGAGCUCCUCCUGGGCAGCGUCAAAACGACGUUCAAGUGCCCCGGCGAUGGCUACUACGCGGACAUGGACAACGACUGCAAGGUGUUUCACAUUUGCCAUGAUGUUCUGGGCUCGGGGGGUGCUCCCGGCCAUGAGAUGCAGCACUUCAGCUUCCUGUGUGGCAACCAAACCAUGUUCAACCAGUUCAGCCUCACCUGCGCAUACGAGGAGGACUCGGUACCCUGUCAAAAUGCCAAGGACUUUUACUACCUGAACGCAAACAUCGGGGACCCCACCGCUGAGUUCUUGAGCGACAACGACAUUCAGCGCGCAGUGCCGCUGGUGCCGACGUUCAGGGCAAACGCGGCGGCCGCUGCACUGACAGCCGGUCCCAUCCAAGGACCGGCCGGACCUGCGUCUGGUUCGAGCGGCACCCUCAGGGCGCCUGCUGCUGCUAGUCCGGGUGGUCCUCUCAGGGCGCCUGCUGCUGCUGGUCCGGGCGGUCCCCUGAGGGCUCCUUCUGCUGCACCACAGGGUAGGACUCCGGCCAGGGGUCUGGGGCGUAGUGCGGCUGCAUCCGAAGUCCAAGAAGUAACGGUCACGGCACCAUCAACUACACAAGAGCCAGAUCCGACCACGACACUCAAGGAGGAGUAGAGGAAGCAGCUUCGAUGCAUCCUUUGUCAUUGUCAUCGUACACUCCCAUCACGCAAACAUAGUUUUAUGUUUGAAAGUAUAUUGUCACCCCAGUGUGUCCGUAAAGAUAUUGGCCCUCCUCUGAUUCCUCGCUCUACAUUUCUUUUCUGUCCUGCUACAGUGACAAUGCAGCCAGGCAGACGCCUUGUCUAGAUCAUCAUUCCAUCUUCCUUACGACAUCGAUUAAAUCCCGACGUGUUUCAGGGAUAACUAUGGCGCUUUGCUAAAACUUGCAAUGUCUUGGUCAGUAUGCAGUUUUCGUAACUGUCAAGAGCACCAGUAUACUUCUUAAAUUGGGAGACUCAAAGUGAAAAAAAAAAUGCGUGAAAGUGGGCAGAAACUGUCACAAUCUACACGCCAGAAGUGCCGUGCGAAUUUCUUGACGCACUUCUCACUUUAAUGAAACUUUGAUUCCAAAAUGAAUGAAUUGCUUUAUAUCAUUUGAUAACGAAUUGUUCUGGGUUAUUGGCGAAUUACUACUUGUUGGCCGCCCUAGAAAUGUCAGUAUUCCAUAGGGUUAAGGAAAUA